AUAUGAUUAUUCCUAGGAACCCAAAAAGAAGUCCGGAAACAAGUUUUAUGGCCGCGUAAGUCCGCUCCUGGUUCUUUUUCUCUCUCUCUCACACUUCCCACUGUCUAUUUUUCUAGGUUUCCUUCGAAACAAAGCAAGCUUAACAAAUCGUUUCAAUUUUAAUUCUCCCUCGCCGCUGCGUCGCUGGGUACUAGCUUCCUCAAUGGCAGAGAAAGAGGCAUCGCUGGAGCCCAACGAGAUCAACCUACCAGCUGAAGACAUGGAUCUUGAAACCCUUGCCUCCUCCGCCCAAAACCCCGAAGGUGGAGAUGAUGUCGACGGGGUCAACAACGGCAACACAAACUCGAAGCGUGGGAGAGAAGAAGACUGCGAAGAAAACGAUGACUUAUCCAAGAAACAGAAGGUGGAGAAGUCCGUGGAGGAAGAAAGGAUGGAGAAAGAGUCAAGGUCGUCCGAGUCGUGUCCAGCCCACCUGGGCCCAAAGGAGUUUGGGUCGUCCAUGGAGAUGUUCGAUUACUUUUACAAUUUGCUUCAUUAUUGGCCUACUCAACUCAACCUUAACAAGUAUGAGCAUAUGGUGUUACUCGACUUGCUUAAGAAAGGUCAUCUAGAACCUGGCAAAAAGAUUGGUAGUGGGAUCAGAGCUUUCCAAAUUCGAAAUCAUCCAAUGUGGAAAAGUAAAUGUUUCUUUGUCAUUAGGGAUGAUGAAACUAUUGAUGAUUUUAGCUUUAGGAAGUGUGUUGAUCAUAUACUUCCCCUGCCAGAAGAGAUGAAGAUAAAACUUGAUGCAAACAGGGCAUUGGCCAGUGGGGGUUGGAAAGGACGUGGUGGAAAAGGAGGUGGACGAGGCCGUGGAAGAGGUGGUAAGUCAAGAAACUAAGGCAGUGGUAUUUGGGAUGGAGUUGAAUUUGGAUUCAAAUAUAUUGUAGGAUAAACUGCAUUGUCCUUUCUUAUAUAUGGUCCCAAGUUCCCAGCUAAACUGAUGUAUUAUCAAAAUUUUGGAUGUUGGUCUAAUCAAGGCUUGAUAUCGUUUAUUGCUGUUUUA